AGCACCCACCAUCCCCAUUGUUUCAAAGAAAAAAGACCUCAGCAAAGGCAGUACCCAAAAUCUUGCUCUCUUCACUCCUCCUAUUUUAACCAUUUCUUCCUUGUCCUCGCCCCUUCCCUAGCAAGCUACAUUUCCAUGGCCCCCCCUGAAUUGGUUCAACCCAGUGAUAAAACAAACGUUUUCGCUAAACAAGUCACUUUGCGUAAUCGUGCAUAUGUUACGUUCUUGGCCGGAAAUGGGGACUACGUGAAAGGCGUUGUAGGGUUAGCCAAAGGGUUAAGGAAAGUGAAAUCGGCGUACCCUUUAGUGGUUGCCGUUUUACCCGACGUGCCUGAGGAGCAUAGGCGGAUCCUGGAGAACCAGGGUUGUAUCGUCCGAGAGAUCGAACCCGUUUACCCGCCUGAGAACCAGACCCAGUUCGCCAUGGCCUAUUACGUCAUCAAUUACUCCAAGCUUCGUAUUUGGGAGUUCGUGGAGUACAGUAAAAUGAUAUACUUGGACGGCGACAUUCAGGUAUACGACAACAUCGAUCACCUGUUUGAUCUGCCUGAUGGGCAUUUCCACGCAGUAAUGGAUUGCUUCUGUGAGAAAACAUGGAGCCACACCCCGCAAUACAGGAUCGGUUACUGCCAACAAUGCCCUGACAAGGUGAAGUGGCCCGCCGAGAUGGGAAAUCCCCCUUCACUUUACUUCAAUGCUGGCAUGUUCGUGUUUGAGCCCAGCCUUGUGACUUAUGAAUCUCUCUUGAAGACUCUCAAAAUCACACAACCUACCCCAUUUGCGGAGCAGGACUUUUUGAACAUGUUCUUUAAGGACAUUUACAAGCCGAUUCCUUUAAUUUACAACCUUGUUCUCGCCAUGUUAUGGCGUCAUCCCGAGAAUGUGGAGCUUGAAAAAGUGAAAGUUGUUCACUACUGUGCUGCGGGAUCUAAGCCUUGGAGGUACACAGGGAAGGAGGCUAACAUGCAAAGAGAAGACAUUAAGAUGCUUGUUCAGAAAUGGUGGGACAUUUACAACGACGAGUCACUUGAUUACCGUACCAGCGCGGCUGAAGGAGGGACAGAGACCGUGAACCUGCAACCGUUCCUGGUGGCACUCUCUGAAGUUGGUGCAGUCCAUUUCGUGGCCGCCCCGUCUGCGGCGUAAAUAUGGUUUGUAACGACGAUAAAUAACAGUUCAUAGGUGUAAAGAAAUAUUGUAAGAAUCGAGAAAGGGGCGAUCCUAUGUGGAAGACAAAGGUGGUUUUAAACAAGGGUUGGGGAAUUGGUGAAACGCUUUUAGGGGGUUUAAAAACUAUUUAGGGCGUUGUUUUUACUUGAUGAAUGGUGAUGAAGGUCGAGUGUGGGGUCAAAGUGGGUGUUUGUUUAUUGUGUGGCUCUGGCAAAAAGUCUUGUUGAUAAAUUGUCAUUGUAAUCUUAAAUUUUCAGCAACGGUGACAUGAGAAAUGAAAAUUGCCACAAAAAGUUUGUGAAUCA